AUGGCCAGCGUUGCUCUACGGAACCAACGUCUGGAUGAUAUAAACGAACACAUCCCAGUGCGGACAUCUUCUCUAAACGUCAAUUCACAAGCAAACAUCACUCCUACAACACAGUCAUCUGGGUUCUCAAGCAUCCAAUACCCCGCUGGGCAUCACACGCCAAGCACAUCUAUCGAUGCAUCUCUGCCACCUUCAAUCAAGAUGCGUCCUGAUCAUGAGCAGAGCGCUGCGGCUAGUCAAAACACUCAGCAUAACUCACCUGGUGACGACUAUUCCGCCGAGACGCUUGUUCCAUCACGGAUGGAUGUGGAACAACAUCUCGGCCAUCCCAUAACAACCGGCCACGACAUGGAUCUGUACCUCUCCGAUGCAAGCGAAGACUCAAUAGACUCCUUCGUCGCAUGGAAAGAGAAGCGUUGCGACGGCGAAGGACUCCUUAUGAAGGACCACUACGGCAUGUCAGGCGACGGUCUCCCAGGCAUAUACGAACCCCUCCCCAUCCUCAAAGCACCCGCCUCACCACCCCCAAUCCCCAUAAUCCCCCCUUCACCAAUCUCCAAACGUCCCAAAACACCAAAAAGCCCAAAGAGUCCUCGCCCACGAAGCAACAAGUCCACACCCCGCCGCGCCCGCCAAUCCCGCAGCCGCACAACUACACCCCGUCGAAAACGCCAAGUCUCUACCUCUGAAGACCAAGACUCCGAUUCAUUCUGGGAGAGCGAUGCGCCCGUCGCACCAGGCUUUGUGUCCCUCGCUGAUUUGGGCAUUGAUCUUCGUGAAAUAGGGUGGGAUCAGUAUGGGCUUACGGAGGCGGAUGAUGCAAAGGUUGAUAUACAGACUGCGAUUAAACUGCGCAGGGCGAUGGAGAUGAGGAAGAAGCAGAAGGAGAGGGUUGAGGAUGAGGGGUGUGCGGCGGAUGUGGAGGACUAA